CGCAGGUGAAUGAAAGGGGGCGUGUCAGUACGCUCAGCUCGCUGGAGGAGGCUGGAACCCGGUGCCAGAGCUCCAGGCCCCUCCAGAGCAGCAGCGGCUGGUGGAGAAAUGGAGGCACAGACCUAUAGCGCCAAGCUCUUGGGGGAGUUGAAUGAGCAGCGGAAACGAGACUUUUUCUGUGACUGCAGCAUCAUCGUGGAAGGGCGCAUCUUCAAGGCGCACAGGAACAUUCUGUUCGCUAACAGUGGCUACUUCCGCGCCCUGCUGAUCCACUACAUCCAGGACAGCGGGCGACACAGCACAGCCUCCUUGGACAUCGUCACCUCCGACGCCUUCUCCACCAUCCUAGAUUUCCUCUACUCGGGGAAGUUGGAUCUGUGUGGCGAGAACGUGAUUGAAGUCAUGUCAGCGGCCAGCUACCUGCAGAUGAAUGACGUGGUCAACUUCUGCAAGACGUACAUCAGGUCAUCCCUGGACAUUUGCAGAAAGAUGGAGAAGGAGGCCGCUGUGGCUGCAGCAGUGGCGGUGGCCGCCGCGGCAGCCGCGGCUCAUCAGAUAGACAGCGAAAGUCCAAGUUCAGUGCUGGAGGGGACUUCCUGUGGCACCAAGAGCUUUGUCUCCUCCCCAGUAGAUGGAGAAGGGAGUCUGGACUGUACAAGAUCAUCUUGUGAUGACUGCCAUCCCCUAGAACUGGUGGCUAAAGACAGCCAGAGCUCUGGGGCCUCCGACAGUGACCUUUGUAUCGUUCCCAGAAGGGUUGAACCUAAGGUGGAGUUCGACGUUGCCAGAGUGGAGGUGGAGACUGACGAACAGCUACAGCAGUACGCCGCCCCAUUGGCCCAUGCGGAGGAAGUCCUGCCCAGUAACCAGGCCUUGGAUUUGACUUACAGCAGCUACCACGUGAAGCAGUUCCUGGAGGCUCUCCUACGCAAUGGUGCUGUCCAGAGCAGAGAUGACAUGGAUCAUCCUUUUUCUCGUGGCUUGGAGGGAAGACUGGAAGGUCCAGGGGUGGCCGUGAAUUCGGUGAUGGACGUUCAGAACGACUGGUAUAGAGAGGACUCAGGUGACGUGCUGGUGGUCCCCAUCAAGCUCCACAAGUGUCCUUUCUGCCCUUACACUGCCAAGCAGAAGGGCAUCCUCAAGCGGCACAUCCGGUCGCACACUGGCGAACGGCCUUACCCCUGCGAGACCUGCGGCAAGAGGUUCACGAGGCAGGAGCACCUUCGGAGCCACGCCCUGAGCGUCCACAGAUCCAGCCGCCCAAUUAUCUGCAAAGGCUGUCGGAGGACCUUUACGAGCCACCUGUCCCAGGGGCUGCGGCGUUUCGGGCUGUGCGACAGCUGCACCUGUGUCACAGACCCUCACGACGACGAUGACGACCUGAUGCCCGUCAACCUUAGCCUGGUGGAGGCGUCUUCCGAAAGCCACGAGAAGAGUGACACCGACGACUGGCCCAUCUACAUAGAGUCCGGCGAGGAGAACGACCCAGCUGCGGAGGAUUCUGACGACAAGCCGUACAUCCGGCCCACCUUAGCAGCCCCUGAGAUGCUUACCUAGCAGUGACUCAGCGGGCAGCUUAUAAGUGUUAACGGCUUGUUCUGCGGUGAGAGCUACCAUUUGUUGAGUUCCGUGAGACUUGGGGAUCCUCUCCCCGAAAUGUUGUUACACUUGGAUUUUUCGUUAGACCACUUAAUGUGGAGGCUGGAUGCUGUGACCCCAAGGACUGAUGACAUUUUACCCUUGGUUCUGACUGAAUCAAGGUUGAGCCCUGAGGCUUCUUUAUUGUCCUGCUGAGAAGCUGUCUGGGCAGGAGGAAGAAAGCACCCUCCAUAGCACUAUGCCCAUCUUUUACUUUCUUACGUCAUUACCGUCUUCUAAAGAAGUGGUGAGAAUAUGUUGUCAGAACUUCAGUCUUUCUCCUGCCAGGCUUCUUGUAAUGAAUUCCACAGUUUAAUUUUCUGGAAAUCGGCUUCGAUAAAAGCAGGCAGGGCUGACGACGUGGUCAUAAAAUAAACCUAAGACUGUACUCCUAAAGGCUGGGGGAAGCUAAGUGCAGACAAACUCUGAAACAAGUUCAUGUGGGCCUUCUUGUUGGUCUACCUGGAUUGAAUUAAAUUAAAUGAACGCCUAGAGGAGAGCCAGUGAGCCAGGGCAAGGUAGUGUCUCUGUCUAGUCUGCUAUUUGACAAUUCCAUACAUUCUGAAUAGGGAAUUCAGAAUUCCCCUAUUCUGAGAUUGUAAAGCAAGUCAUUUGGGCAAAAGUCAAAAGGCUCCCUGGUUUUCUUAGUCAUUUCCUGGACAAGCAACCUGGACAUGUGUGCCCCGCUGAGAUCCGGUCACCUAGUUUAUGCCCAGACUUGAGCUGCAGGGGGAACGUCCAUGCCUAACUAACAUUUGGGUUUUAGAGGACCUUCUAGAAGGAAGGAACUGGCUAGAGCAGGUUUUAAGCUAGUCUGUUUUUCACCCACUCUGCAGCCAGGUUACAAUUCCAGCAAAGCAAGUUGAGUGUCUUUAAAGUAUCAAAGGACAGGAAAGACCAUGGAUGACAGGUGCCCUAGAAGGGAUUCACAGACUUUUCUUCUGUUAAAGUACCAACGUGACUUUAAAAGAAAUCCCUUGUCUUCCUUUAGUUUUAAUACAAUUUCAAAAAGCAGUGAAAUCACCAAUCUCUCUGCCUCUUGAACAGUACCUAGUGAGAAACAUUUAUAAAAUGACUUGUAUUUAUUGUCUUGCUAUUGAAGAGUUGAAGCUUUUUUUUGUCUGUCUGUGUUUUGAGACAGGGUUUCUCUGUGUAGUCUUGGUUGAUGUGGAACCCACUAUGUAGACCAGGCUGGCCUCGAACUCCUGAAGUUCUGACCGUCUCUGCCUCCCAAGGGCUAGUUUUAAAGGUGCACCACCUCACUUGACAGGACUGGGGGUACAGCUCAUUGUCUAUCAUUAGGAAGGCCCUAGGUACUCUAGUACUCUAUAGUACUACAAUAGAUAGAUACCUAAUUUUGUGUUGUCUACAAGAAAAAAAGCCAUUAAUAAAGAAAAGAAAAGAAAAAGAAGAAAGAAAGCAAAGGGGCUGGAGA